CUCGCCUUCAAAAAAGAACCGGCGACAAGCACGAAUUUUUGAUUCGCUUACCGAUUCGGGCUUGCGCCGCCAGAUCAAAAGAACAGCCCCAAACGCGUACUCCUGCAGCUGGAACUGGACUUCCUGCUUCAUCUACUUCUUCCCCGUACUACCACCAGGGCAUGUGCAGCUAUUUCGACGGAAAAUGUAACCAUCCCAGCAUUGCAGAAGGCCCGGGCUGCCAGGAUGACCUGGGGAAGGUCGAGUAUACCGCGAAACGAGCGGAGCUCAUGACCAAGAUCGCUGAUGCGAAUUCAAAUUCUACUUCUGGACGAAAUACGGACUACGUGUUGGAACUGAAAACCAAAGCAGCAGCACCGGCUUCUUGUCUGCAAGUGGUGAAAACCCCUGUGGGCAGCGGCGGCGCUCAUUUGCAGCAGCAAAAACUCUCCGACGACCAGAAAUACCUCGCCACUUUCGCGUGGCUCGCGGGAUACAGCAUUUUGGUCACGCACAGCAGCGGCACAGGGGCCGAGGAAGGUCAAAUAACUACACAGCCGGGAUCAGGAUCAACACAAGCUCAAGCUGCAGAAGAACAAAGGCACGCGAUCUCCCACCGCCCUGACAGUCCGGCAUUGCUGCAAAACCAGGAAAGAACAGAAGUGGAAGAAGCGCUUCAACAAAAAGCCAAGUCGCUCAAGAAGGUUAUCGACAGCAAAUUUAAACACAUGAACGAGGAAGAUGGAAAGCUUCUGACAGAGCAACAGCAGAGGAGAGCAGGAGGACAAACACCCACCAUUUCCAAAAUUGAGGAGCAGUUUGCACAAAUGGCAGUAUCUUCAAAAGAGCGUGGUCGGGACGGCCCUCUCGUCGAAGUAGAAGAUGAUUUGUCCCAAAUCGCUCCAGAAGUGGUUUUCGAAAUCAAGGCGAUUCUUCUGCGAGAAGUAGGGCACGAGACUCCCAUGCCGAACAUCACAGUUGUCGGGGGGCCUGCAGAUGUUGCACCAGAUCAUCCUUCUCCGCAAGUGCUGAGAACUGCAAGUGCAACUGAAACCCAGAAAAAUGCCAUUCCCUUUUUGGAACAAAAGUUUUCUUCUCUGUCGCUCGUCGCGGGUGGGUCGAAGAGGCAAAUUGAAAAGCAUUUGAACCAAGUUGAAGAGUUUUGGGUGAAACUGCGGGACAACUUUGUGUUGAAAGAUAUAAUUCCAACGAGACCCCCUGCGCCGACGUCUUCUCCAGCAGCCGAAGCGACAUUUUUCGCCAAUGUGAAGAGAACGCGACUUUUAGCCUUGCUUUCCUUACUCCGGGUAUUGCGCUGGACCUGGCCGGAGUGUGGUUCCCCUUCGGUGACAGUCCUGACUGAGACUGCCGGUCCGGAGCAAAGAGACAGACAAAAACUGGCAAAGGAC